AUGGGGGAGUUCGAAAUCGGUGAACAGCCGGAUACGCGGAGCCUGAACGUGGUCUCCACAAUACAGCAGACACGCACUUGUCCGUUCGAUUGGAUGUGUGGUGUUUGGACACGGGAAGUCAGCAUCUCAGUAGUUACUUUCGUUGAGUUCUCGGAAGUCAAGCAAGCGGUGGCAACCAAUCAAGCCAUCGAAUCGAUGUGUUGUGUCGAGACCUCUGCAGCGAAACGCUGUGAACCCGCCAACGUGAUCUGA